UUUUUUCUUCUCUUUUGGUUCUGCGUAUUGAAGCAGUGAAGCCACACUACACCAAUGGGCUAAACACCUUAAGCAAUAGUGUUUAGAAUGUCUAAACCCAUUUGCAAGGAAAUCUGGGAGGCUGCAUCUACAUCUAGACAUCCCCAUCUGCUCAGAAAAAAACAAACAAUAGUCUUCAAGGACCUCAGAGGGAUUGCCGUCACCCUCUCAUAAUUCUCAGAAUUUAUAUGAGUCCCAGGUCCUAAUCGCACUAAUGAGCACUCAGUGCUCAUGGGCAUAUGUGUAGGCGAAGAUGUGGCUUGAAUUCUCCAGUCUUCAUGUGGCAGGAAUCCUUGAGGCCCUGCAAUUGGCCUGCUCAGGCUUGGGCCAGUCUCUGCCAAAGUAACAAAAGACUGUUGGAGAUGCAUAAGGACCUCACUCAGGCUCUCAGAUCAGUGAUCUACAACACCAGUCAUGAUGGCACAGUUAAGAGCCUCCUGUCUUUUCCUCUUUCUUCUUGUUGACUUCAUGCCAACAGAUGCCAAGCAAGAUAAGAUGAAGAUGGAUUGCUACAAAGAUGUAAAAGGCACCAUAUAUAACUAUGAGGCCUUCACUCUUAAUGGGAUGGAACGCAUUCAAUUCAAGCAGUAUGAGGGCAAGUACAUCCUCUUUGUCAACGUAGCCACCUAUUGUGGCCUGACAGCUCAAUAUCCUGAACUGAAUGAACUUCAGGAGGAGCUAAAGCCCUUUGGCUUUGUUGUGUUGGGCUUUCCCUGCAACCAGUUUGGAAAGCAAGAACCAGGAGACAACACAGAGAUUCUUCCUGGACUCAAGUAUGUUCGUCCAGGGGGAGGAUAUAUACCUAAUUUCCAGCUUUUUGAGAAAGGAGAUGUGAAUGGUGAAAAAGAACAGAAAGUCUUCACCUUCUUGAAGCAUUCCUGUCCUCAUCCAUCUGAGAUGUUGGGCUCGUUAAAAUAUAUCUCCUGGGAACCCAUAAAAGUUCAUGACAUCCGUUGGAACUUUGAAAAAUUUUUGGUGGGGCCCGAUGGAGUCCCUGUCAUGCGAUGGUUCCACCGUGCUACAAUCAGCAGAGUCAAGUCAGACAUUCUGGUGUACCUGAAGCAAUUCAACACUAAAUAGGAAGACUGAGUUGGGGGCAGAAGCCAUCUUGCUUCUCACCUAAAGACCUGUUCUGAAAAACUUCAUCUUUUUACCAUAUUCUUUUCCUAAAUGGCCUCCUUUUGACUAAGCUAUCUUUAUUCUGCUAAAUUCCCAUUCUCCACCAAGUAGAUUUGUAUUUGGAAGGCUAUUGCCCUUUCUCCUGGAAAAAGUGUGUGGGUCAAUAGUAAAAGAAUGGAAACCCUAAUCCCCAGGCCUCCAUUAGAGUUUGAAUAAUUCAUAUCCAUAAAAGGAAAAUCAUCCUUCCAUGAGAAUGGCUUAGUUUUCCAUCAUCUUUGGAAGAAGGAUGUCCCUGGAUGUUGACUCCUCCUUUUUCCGCCCUGAAGGUACAGAAAGAGCAUGGGGAUCUAGUCAUUCAAAUUAUAUUCUACUUCUUAGUAGGACAACCAUGUAUUAUCAGUUUCUAAGUCUUUUGGAAUAGUUUUCACCCAUGACAUUUCCCUCCACCUGUCAUUCUCCAGUGAGAACCCUAAGGGAAAGUAGGAGCAAGAACAAUGACUUAGAUGAAGGGAGGGUGUCUCCAUGAUAAUAGGACCCAGGACUUUUCUCUGUUCUGUCCUGUAAAAAUUUUCCUUAUUGUCCAAUUCUUAGUGUAUUCAGAUUAUGGCUCCUGAAUGGGGACAGAUUUUUAUCUUUUGAGGGAUGAAAUUCCCCUCUCAACCCCAGAUUUCUCAGCUUCAGAACCAGCCUUAUUACUGUCUCAAAUAAAAGUUUUAUGCAGCAUC